AUGGCGAGCAAAGCACGAAACCUUUUCCUUGUGUUUUCCUGUUUGCUACCUUUGUUGGGUCCAUCUUAUUCGAAGCUAGCUGAUAAAUUAGUCCAUGGGAAAGAGCUCAAAGACGGGGAUGAACUAGUUUCAGCUAAUGAAAACUUUAUAAUACGAUUCUUCCAGCUUGCAGGAAUAGCUUACCUAGGAAUAUGGUACAACAGAAACAAUGAGAAGCCAGUUUGGGAUGCUAAUCGAAGCACUCCAAUUGCUGACAAAUGUAGUGUUCUUACUAUAGAUGAUUAUGGGAACUUGAGAAUUUCAUACAUAGGGUAUCAGUCUAAGAUACUAUGUUCAGUUCAAGGUGAAAGUAAUAAUAGUGCUAUUCUAUUGGAUGUUGGCAAUUUUGUACUGUACGAAGGGAAUUCAGAAGGGUCUGUGAAGCGAGAUUUGCGGCCAAACACUACUGACGCACAUGUACCAGGAAUGAAAGUUGGAGAAAACAAUAGAACAGGACGUUCUUGGCCUACAACACCGAAGAGAAACCGUGAUUUCCCUGACUUAGGAUCCUUUACCCUUAACAAUAGUAACCAACUGGUCAUCUUGUGGCGAGGUAACUUCCAUUGUAGUACUGGGCCUUGGUUCAAUGGGCGUUCCAACUCGUCAUCAUAUGGUUUAUCAAACCAAAAGUAUUUUAAUUUUGGCUUCAUUUCAAAUGAGAAUAAGACAUACUUCAGUGAGAACAAUUGUUCCUGGGUUGACUUUGGAUAUGCAUUUGACACUCGCGCCGGCACGGGUGAGAUUUGGCGCAGAGAUACAAGUUUUAGAAGUAAUCGUUCAGAUGGUUUGCGAGAGUUAUGCGUCCCUGAAUCCAAAGCAAGCAGGUGGUGGAUAUGGCUAAUCGUUGAGGAAGUUGGAACUAUUAUAACCCUGUUUUGCAUCGUUAUAUUAUGGAAAAUAUACAAAGCAAAAGGGAAGAAAAAGAUGAAACAAAAUAUGCUAGUACAAGAAUUUGGACAUGCAAUGACUUCGACUGAUUUGAAAAUCUUUAGCUUUGAAAGCAUCACAGUUGCUACAAACAAUUUCUCAACUGAAAAUAGGCUAGGAAUGGGUGGUUUUGGACCAGUUUAUAAGGGAAAAUUGGUCAAUGAGCAAGAAAUUGCCAUAAAAAGACUUUCCAGAAAUUCUCGACAAGGUUUGAUGGAACUCAAAAAUGAAGUUAUACUCAUCGCCAAACUCCAGCACACUAAUCUCGUGACACUUUUAGGGUUUUGUAUUCAAGAAGAAGAAAAAAUAUUAAUUUAUGAAUACAUGGCCAACAAAAGUUUAGAUUUCUUCCUUUUUGACUCUACAAAAAGGAGAUAUUUAAAUUGGAAGAAGCGCAUCAACAUUAUUGAAGGCAUUGCUCAAGCGCUUGUUUAUCUUCAUAAAUAUUCAAAGCUUAAAGUAAUUCAUCGGGACUUAAAAGCAAGUAACAUUUUACUUGAUGAUGACAUGAAUCCAAAAAUAUCUGAUUUUGGCCUAGCUAUAAAAUUUGGUUUAAAGGAAUCAGAACAAAGGACAAAUCGACCUAUUGGAACUUUUGGCUAUAUGGCUCCGGAAUACGCUAUGAAUGGUAUUAUUUCAACAAAAGUUGAUGUAUUCAGUUAUGGAGUCCUACUAGUAGAAAUUUUGACUGGCAAGAAGAAUAACAAUCUCUAUGAUUCAGAUCACCCACUCAAUCUUAUAGGGCAUGCAUGGCAAUUGUGGAAUGAAGGUAGAGGUAUAGAGCUAAUUGACAUAACAUUGAAUGAAUCAUGCUCUUCAAAUGAAGCAUUGAGAUGCAUUCAUAUUGGUCUCUUGUGUGUACAAGAAAAUGCAGCAGAUAGACCCGCCAUGCAAGAUGUUAUUUGCAUGCUUUUCAAUGAAACCAUCCAACUACCUACCCCUAAACAACCAGCAUUUUUCAUGAAGACAGUCGUAGAAGAGCCAAUGGUAGCCAAAAUGAAGAAGGAAAGCUUUUCCAUCAAUGACGUUACAAUUUCAGGGAUGGAUCCUAGAUAA